GGAGCAGGGGGUUGGGGAGGAGGAGGAGGAGGAGGAGGUUGGGGAGGUGGCGGUGGUGGAGGUGGGUUCGCGGGCGGCUGGCUGUGCGCCCUGCUGUGCGCCACCUGGCUGUGGGGGGAGCAGGCGCGCGGCCAGUGUCCCGACGGCUGCCAGUGCGCGUGGGAGAGCCGCACGGUGCUGUGCGUGGACGCCGGGCUGCGCGAGGUGCCCCACGACCUGCCCACGGACACCGUCUCGCUGCACCUGGAGCGCAACCUGAUCCGCCGCCUGCCCGAGCACGCCUUCAGCGAGCUGCUGCACCUGCAGGACCUCUACCUGUCGCACAACCGCAUCGAGAGCCUGGCGUCGGGCGCGCUGCGGCACCUGAGCCCCGAGCUGCGCCUGCUGGACCUCUCGCACAACCAGCUGCGGCAGGCCACGCGCGAGGAGUUCGGCGGCACGCGCGCCAAGACGCGCCUCUACCACAACCCCUGGCACUGCGACUGCAGCCUGCAGGAGCUGAUGCAGACGCUCAACCUGGAGGCCGAGACGGUCAACGGCAUCGUGUGCGAGAGCUCGGCGCGCUCGGCCGGCGAGGGCAGCCGCUGGGAGGAGCCGGCCGCCGGCAGCCACGCCGGCCACGCGCUGGUCAAGCUGCUGGACGCCGGCGUCAACUUCUGCAGCAUGCAGCGCAAGACCACCGACGUGGCCAUGCUGGUCACCAUGUUCGUCUGGUUCUUCAUGGUCAUCGUCUACGUGGUGUACUACGUGCGGCAGAACCAGGCCGAGGCCCGGCGACACCUGGAGUACCUGAAGAGCCUGCCCAGCCCCGUCAAGGCCCCCACUGAGACCGACACGCUCAGCACGGGGUUCUGACACGCGCUCCGCACCGGGCCGGGACACUUGCUAUGAUGACUGGCUGGCUGGCUGGUUGGCUGGCUGAGGAGACUUGUGGUGUGUGUGUGUGUGUGCGUGUGUGCGUGUGCGUACGUGCGUGCACAUGUCUGUGUGUGUGUGCAUGUGUGUGUGUGUGUGUGCGUGCGUGUGAGAGGGAGAGUCUGUGCUUAUGUGACUUAUCUCAUGCUGUGUGUGUGUGUGUGUGUGUGUGUGAGAGAGAGAGAGUCUGUGUUUAUGUGACUUCUCUCAUGCUGUUUGCGUGUGUGCAUGUGUGCAUACAGUAUAUUUGUGUGUGUGUGUGUGUGUGUGUGUGUGUGGGUGCAUCUGCAUUUGUGUAAGUCUAAGAGAGAGACAGAGAGAGAGAGAGAGAGAGAGAGAGUGUGUGUGUGUGUGUGUGUGUGUGUGUGUGUGUGUG